AGACACCCAAGGGGAAAAAAAAAGGGCAUGGACAAAGAACAGCUGUCUUUGUGGUUGCUCUCUGUUCUCUUAUUCUCCCCAUUUGGGAUUCUUGUCAUAAAUGACAGGUUGGUGCAAUGAUGGAGGGUCUGAGAUAUGAAUCCGGUUCUCCGGGAUGGUUGGAAUUCCUUUUAGAAUGAAUGGGGGCUGAUUCUGCCUGGGAUAAUUCCAGCAGCAGUGGCGAUAACUUUAAGCUUGGCUAGGCUGUGUGAAUUCAGCCCAAACGUGAACUGGUGUCCAACUGGCAAAAAGACACGUGAGAGGAGAGUGACUGACACCCUUUAUCAGGAAGACCCGCAGUUGUCUUAAGUGCAGUUUUGAAUGGAUAGUUGAGGGCAGAAGAGCAUUCUCCUUAGGAGUGGAAAUGUGGAGUAGAUGAGAGGAGCAGCUUUGGAAAUGGUGUCCUUUCUUGGAUAUCUUUAAUGGCUCAUGUUUAGCUGCUCUGGGCUGCUUUUGAGUUAUUUGCUGAUUUCUUGUCCCCUUUCCCCCAGUGCAUUUGCCAGCGGCUAAAUUAUUUUGCCAAACAGGCUAACUAAUCCGUGCAUUCCUUGCAUUGCAUUUUGUUUUAUGCAAUCAGACAGGAUCAGGAGACCCUUGAAGCAGUACACUGAGAAACUUCAUUCCUGAGAUAGCGGUUAAUUACUACUUAGCAGCUACUGCCGACUUCUCUGUGUCUUGACAAAACCAAAAAAGAGUUUGUCACGCACUUAAAUUACAUAAAACACAUUAUUGACAUACAGGAAGAUCUAAAAGGGCUUCUCCUCAAGGAUGUAUCUAGAUUUUUUAAAAUAGUUUCUCCUAGUGGUCUGGAAAUCCCUAUAUUGUUGGUAUUAAAAUGGAAUAAGUUUGGAAUAUAUCAGUCAGGGAAUGUGUGUGUGUUGUGCUAAUGGUUACACUGAGGUUUCAAACUGGAUCAUCCUUCUGUGGGUAUGAAAAAAUCAAAUUGUAGCUCUUAUGCAUAUUGAUGGCAACAUUUCCAGAAUCUUGUGAAUAUUCUAUUAGUACCUUUAGAAGAAUAAGCAACACAGAACUGGUUUCUGAAAUUCCAGUUCAGAUAUAUAAGCUUAACCCACCCUAAAUUCUGAUAAGGUUCUAAAUCAACACUUCAUUUCUGGAAAUCCAGAUGUGACCCCUGAUCCCUCAUCAGUAUAAAUAAUGAAUUGCUUUACCCUUAUAAUAGGCUCAUGGAUCCAUUGAAAUUUAAACACGCUAAGGAUAUAUCAGUUCUCAGCCAUGUCAUGCGGCAUUUCCUGACUAUGCUAUUGCUACCAGUGUUAUAAAUGUCCCAAAUGGUCCACAGGCUGAUUAUUCCCCAAGAAAUGACAGAAAGUUGGUGUGUUAAGAUCUAACCAAAUUAGCUGUUUAUACUCACAAGAGGUGAGAAACUGGAAAGCCUUUUAGAGAUAAAGCAUUCUGGAUUCAUUCUUCCUCAAAUGGAGGCCAACCUGCAAGGAAAAAUCUGUGCUAAACAAAGGCCAGUGCAGGUAAAUAUUGGAACCGAUGCUUUGUUAUUUGAUAGGCUUCAAUCCAGUGAAGGAUUUCAGGAGAGAGUUUUUAGCAUCUUUUUAGUAUUGGUGCAGUACAGUAAUACUAGUGGCAGAAGAAGAAAAAAAAAACUUUUGCUGUCUUAGUAGGGCUAGAGAGGAAUAUGUUCUGUGUGAAGUUCCAGAAUCCAAAUGGGGGCUGUAAUAGUAGCAUCUUUAGCUGUGGACAAUCACAAUGAAAAUGGAUUUCUUUCCAGUAUUAAAAAAGCUUCUCUGUGGAGUCUUGGGGUUCUCUGAGCUUGGUUGUUUUCUUGCAGACGUUUUGUUACCCAACUAGCUAACAUAUUCACUGCUGGAAAUGAAAGCUUCACUGCUUAAUAUGUCCCAUUCACCUAAUCUCCCACAGAGUUGUCAAGUUUGUAUAUAAGAAAAGGCCAACUACCAUAUUAUUAUUUACUUCCUCUCUGUUCUCUAUCUCAACUAAGCUUUCUCAGCUGUUCAGCCAUGUCUUCUAUAAAGUCAAGUGACUUUUCUAGCUAUGCCUCUAACAUUGCUACCAGUGAUGUUAACUCCCCCAACUGGUAAUUGAUUGAUUAUGUGCCAUCAAGUCAGUGUUGACUCCUAACAACCACAUAGAUUGAUAGAUUUUCUCCAUGACCCAAGUGGUAAACAAUCUAGUUAUUCCCCAGGAAAAUUCCUAGGAGUAUUUCCUAAUCAGGAGAUGGCUGGUGCACUUCAUUUAUAUUUCCAGGGAGUUCAGGUCUGUGCAUCCUAGAGCAUCUUGUUUAUUAAGUCCCUAAGAGGGACUGGUGCAUCAUUGAGACAAUACUUGAAUUGUGCUGGAAACAAAUUGGUAACCAGUGUAAUUGGUUAUUAGGGAUCUGCCUGGGAAUAUUCAACAGUAUGUCAUUGCUGCAUUCUAGACCUGUUGUGCUGCUUUUAAAACAUUCUUCAAAAGAAACUACUUGGUGCACUGCAGUAAUUCAGUCUACUUGUGCCAUUUUGGUCAUAUCUGGCUUCCUCUGGAACUGGCACAGUUGACACACCAGUUUAAGCUGGGCAAAACAUCUGAGUGCAACAGAAUGCACAGCUGAUUUUUAGGGCAAGUACUACCUCAUCUGAAACAGGAAGAAAUCCUAUUCUAGAGCUUGUUAACUUUCUAACCAGGAGUGGCUCCCUUUUCUCUGGGUUAUAUCUCAAUUGAUUAGCUGUCAUCCAAUACAUUGAUCAGUAGUCUCCCUAGAAGAUAAUAAAAGAAAAGAAAAUAAUUUUAUUAUCUCCCUAGAAGAUAAUAAAAUAAAAUAAAAAUAAAAAGUUACAUAUCGCCUGACAUUUAUUUAUUUAUUUGUGUGCCACAUGCUUCUGGCAAAGCCAGUCUACUGCAGUUAAUAAACAAAAAGUCCAAUCCAUGCUGAUGAUCAACAAAAAUAAAUACAAAAAAAAAAAAAGACUGAUUAGCAACAAUGUGUCCCAAGAUUUCCUGGUGAGCAUUUCAGUUUCGUGAUUAUGUUGAAUAAGAUGGCAGACAAGAACCAAGAAAGAAGAAAAAUUAUGCAAAUUGAACAUGAGUUCCCCACUGUCCCCUUACACAACUAGCAACUAGAGUAUCUCCCCAGCCCAGUCCUGCCAGAUGCUCCAAAAGGAUCUACCAUGAUCAGUGGCCUGGAAUGUUGACGAGAGGUCAAGCAGAACCAAUAGGGGCCUUCUGAUUCUGUCUAGUUCCAGAGUGACAGAAGCCAUCUUCAUCCCAACCCAGACUUGAAUCCAGAUUGGAAUGGGUUUGACAAUCUGUCUCAUCCAGGAAUUUCCUAUACCACACCCAAGUGUCCCAGCCCUUCAAACACUAGUUAGUCUAGCUAACAACUGAAGUUGCAAAGUUGUGGUCAUUAAAAACAGUCUGAAUUUAAAAGGAGUCCAUUCUCACCAAUAGCCGAGGUCCAAGUAGCUUUGCAUUAGCAAGACUGAGGCCAGGAUUGAAGUUUCUGAGAAGGUUAAAAACUAGCUGUAAGGUAUGUGGGGUCAGGCUGUAACAGCAAAAAUAAGACUCUCCCAGCCUCUAUCCAAAUCAGCUGAAUACAGCAAAACUACUCUCAAGUAUACCUGCCUGAGCCAGCUGUUUCUGAGUGUAGCCAUGCACUUCUCUAUCUCCCUGCCCUCUGGCCCUUCAAAUAAGGUGUUCCCACAGCUGGAUAGGCAAGCUGAGCUAACCACGAGCUUAUAUCAAGGGCAAUGGGCCCUUUUUCAGCUAUUGGUUGAGUCUGGGCUGCCUAAUGGUUUUUCAGCUAUGGCAUCAAGAAUGGCAGUGCAGUGAGAUGCUGAUCCUUGUUCUGACAAUGGAGUAUCCAUUCUCUGAAUCCACUCUAACAAGCCUUAAUCAGCCAGGAAGUGAAAGGGCGAAGCACACAUAUGGUUGGGCUCAUGGCGUCUUGUUCUCAUCCCCAAGCUGCAUAAAUUGAAACUCACAUAACAAGUAGAAGUUAUGUCAUUGCAAUCUGCUAUAUACAAGGAAUCCAAGUUGGAAGCAAUGCAGGCAAUUUUUUUCUGCCAAGCGUCUAGCAAAAUGUCACACCAGGCUGUGAAGUUGUCUCCCUUAGGUCAGCCUUGAUAUAAUAGUUCUUUUACAGCUUGGAAGAGACUUAUUGGAUGAUUUUGUGUGGAUGUGAUAGUAGUGGAAAAGCACAAUUUCACUGCUGCCUUCGAAGUUCCAGCAUAAGCCUUAAUGAAGACUUUCUCCUGUCUUCAAUCAGAUUCAUCCUGAAUUUCAUGCAUGCACCCACUGUCUGCCUCCUCCUUCUCUCUGUCUGGAGGGAGAGAGCAUUCGGGAGUUGGGCAAUACUGUGCUUCAGAGGUGAAGGGAAAAGAGUGCCUAAGAAUGCACACAGACCUAUUAUAGGUCCUGCUUUACCACCAGGCUUUAAGCAACCAUCAGAAGGUGCUGAAGAAAACCGAUGUUACAUAACCCAGAUGAGUGAUAGUAGUGAAGAAGAGGAAGCCGUCAUUGGUCCUAUGCCAGCCAGGGGGUCAGUGGAAUCCAACCCAGGUGCUGAGAUUGAAGAUCGGGCUCGGAGAAUGAAAGAGAGGCUUCUGGGACAUGUUGAUGACGGCUCCAAACAAGCUAAAAGAGAGUCUUGGAUGACAGAUCUUCCACCAGAACUCAAAAACUUUGGCCUUGGUCCACGAACAUUCAAAAGAAGACCCGAUGAUAAAUCUGGAGAUAGAUCGGUUUGGACAGAUACUCCGGCCGACAGAGAAAAGAAAGCUAAUGAACAGCAGGAGGCAAGAAAGUCCAUCUCUAAGGACAAUGCAGAAACUUUUCUCUCAGAGAGAGACAAAAGACUGGCUGAGCAGUUGUCCUCGUACAAUGAGUCUCAGAGAUCUGAAUCUCUAAUGGACAUACAUCGGAAGAAGCUAAAGAGUAAAACUGCUGGAGAAAAGAAUAAACCCCAGGAAAGAAGGCCCUUUGACCGAGACCAGGAUCUUCAAGUCCAUCAGUUUGAUGAAGCCCGAAAGAAAGCAAUCAUAAAACAGUCUAGAGACUUGAACACUAGAUUUUCCCAUGGCAAAUGCAAUACAUUUUUAUAAUGUAUUCAUACAGAAAUAGCAAGAGUGCUAAAUAAAGCAUUUUCUUUGUACAUACAACACACACAUGAAAAGUAACGUUCCUUCAAAUUGGAGAGCUGCAUUCUGUUGUCAGAUGUGCUCAUCCUAUGGCCAAGGGUUUUUGAGCAGACCUUAGGACCCCAUUAUGUCAAUGGCUGAAUUUUGCUUGCGUGAUUCCAGCUGUUGGGUGGUGGGGGUAAUCUAAUGGUGGGAUGAGUAGAGUUUGCCUCCCAGAGGACUCCUGCUACCUUCACCCACCCACCCAAAGAGAUAAAAAUAAUAAUUGCUCGCUCUCUUCUGGUGAUAUUCACUGAAUGGUUUCCUUCCCCAGGAAUGUCAAGAGGCUGAGUUGUGGCCUGCAACCCUUUAGAGGUCGUCCACCCUUCUCUGGAGAGAUUUCCUUUACAUUUUUAUGAAAACAAAUAGGCCCAUUUGAACUGAGAAAGUUUUAAAUAAUCCAGAGGCAUACUUGUAAACAGAUUUUUUAAAAAAUAAAUUUCUUCAGCUGAGAUUAGUUUGGAAUUUCAAAUGUCGGAAUGAUACGUGUGUAACUCAGAAUUUGGAGUUGAUAAUGAGAGGGGGAAAAUAAGAUGGUUGCUGCAAAUAACUUGGGAACUGAUCGUAAUUAUGCUACAGGAAAACUUACCUGUACAUUUGACACGGUUAUGAAUAAAGCAUAACCACUCUGUAUGUUAAAAUUGUCCCAGGCUGCUUUUUUUUUUUUU